UUCUUGUAUUUCUUGUACAACGAAGAGGACAAAGUCCACGGUUAUCGUAAUUUGCUUUUAAGAUUUAUGUCAUUCAGGCUGUAAAAUUCGUGCUAAUUUUCAAUAUUUCAUAUACAAGUUCCAACCUAAAAUGAGCAGUAUAGUCAGAAAUUUAAAUUGUAUUGUGGACUAUAUUUUAAGACAUGUUCUAAAGAAAUUGAUUGCUUAUGUCCUUAUUUACGUAUUGGCAAUACUGUAUGGAGUUUUGGUGCUUGUUCGCGUACUGUUGAAAGUUCUCCGUGAAGGCACACAGAUUUUGAAAACUUCGCCCCCAAUGGAAAACGCUCCUGCAUGCCUACAUGAUGAAAGUGUUGGAAUUCACAAUUAUAUCACCACUAAAUCUAGUAUGAACUUUCAUUAUGUGGCUAAUGGAGAAGUAGGGCAACCCUUGAUGUUACUUCUUCAUGGCUUUCCUGAGUUUUGGUAUUCAUGGCGCUUUCAGUUAAGGGAAUUUUCAAAUGAUUAUCGAGUUGUUGCUGUAGACAUGCGAGGUUAUGGGCUGAGCUAUAAACCAAGAUCAUCUUCAAAGUAUAAUUUGUUCUAUCUUGUUCAAGACAUCGAAGAAAUAGUUGAAGCACUUGGUUAUACAUCAUGUACAUUAGUUGGACAUGAUUUCGGAGGAAUGAUUGCAUGUGCUGUUGCUCAUCGUUCUCCUAAAAUGGUUGAAAAACUUGUCAUUCUCAAUGCUCCUCAUCCCAAAAUAUUUACUGAUUUUCUUUUUUCUGAUUGGAGGCAAUUCCUAAUGUCCUGGUACAUAUUUUUCUUCCAACUUCCUUAUUUUCCUGAAUUAUAUUUGUCAAUGGGUGAUUAUCGUAACAUUGAAGAUGCUUACCUUGGAACAUAUUAUGGAUUUGGCAAUAAGGCAAACGUGAAUGACAUGGACUUCGCAGCGUUUAAAUUUGCAAUUUCUCAGCCUGGUGCUCUUACUGCAGCCAUUAAUUAUUACAGGAACUUUUUUUCUUUAUGCCUAAAUGAUGGAUGGUUACAAGGUCAAAAACUCAUUACUUCACCAACAUUAAUUGUUUGGGGUGAUCGAGAUCUGUCUCUCAGAAAAAACUGUUUGGAAUCCAUACCAAGUUUUGUUGAGACAUCUACCAUAAGAUUUGUUGGCGGAGCCAGUCAUUGGGUUCAACAAGACGAACCGCAAAUUGUCAACGAUUUCAUUCGAGAAUUUUUGCAGUCUAAUUAAGUGUUGAAAUAUGAAAAAAAUUCUAAAGAAAUUAAUUGUAUUGAAUAUGUUUUAUUUCAUAGAACAUUUAAUUUGUUACAUGAAAUAACGACUUUUUCACGUGAUUAAACGAUUGCAUGAUUACAUGAUUACAUGAAAUAACAACUAUUUUUACAAACUAUA